CCGCUUCACGUACAGUCAGGUCCGAAAGUGCAGCCGUUGUGCGGCGAGGAAUCACCGAAUUGGCACACUCCGAUCGCCGAAUUACGCGUGGGGCGUCAUGAGAAACUUGUCGGGCGUAAAAAACUAACACGAUUUGGUGUAUAUAGUAUUCGUCUUAGUGCGAUCGUUGUCGAGUUAUUCGCGUUCACAGCGGCGGAUCGCGAGCGCGUAUCGGAACACUGUCGGCACAGACUGUACCAACGGACGCUACGGGAGUCCGUAGCCGGUGUAGGCUCAGUUGGCAGCAGCACGCACACCGAGUAGCAUCUACCAUGGCUGAUAUCUCGAAGGAAGAACUACGCAAGGAGAUCACCGCCAUCCUCAAGGAUGCUGACCUCACUACAAUGUCUGCUAAGAAAGUGAGACAACAAAUCGAAGAAAAACUCGAUGUUGAUCUUAUAGAAAGGAAAAAGGAGGUGGAUGAUUUAGUCAUGGAAUGUCUUCAAGAAAAACAGGACGGAGGAAAGAAAAAGAAGAAGGCUGCCAGUGAAGAGUCUGAAGAUGGUGAGGAGGAGGAAGAAGAAGGCUCUGAAGAGGAGGAGGAAGAAGAAGAAAAAAAACCAGCUAAGCGAAAUCCCGCUAAGAAGACUCCUAAUAAACGCAAGAAGGGAUCUUCCGAUGAUGAGGAAAGCGCUAGUGAUGAUGAUGCUAGUGACGAAGAAUACAGUCCAAAGAAACCUAAAGUUGCACCUAAAAAAAAUAAACCUGGAAAGAAGGGAAAGAAGAAGGGCAGUGACAGUGACAGUGACGAGGACUGGGGUAAAAACAAAAAAGCUCCCGGAAGCGCAGCAAAGAAAAGUGGUGGUGGCGGCGGCAAAGGCAAAGGAGGUGGUUACACACGCGCUCUUACACUGUCUCCAGAACUAGCCGCGGUUGUUGGCGCAGAACAAAUGGCUCGGCAUGAAGUUGUAAGGAAAAUGUGGAGUAUCAUUAAAGAAAGGAAUCUUUAUGACCCUAAGAAUAAACAGUUUGCAAUUUGUGAUGAGGAAUUAAUGAAGAUAAUCGGCGUAAAGCGUUUCAGAACUUUCGGUAUGAUGAAAUACCUCAAAAAUCACUUUAUAGAUUAAAUCAUUCUUCAAUCCCGAUCUCCGACAAGUUAUAUACAUAUUAUAUAUAUAACAUAUUCCAGGGUGCGUCUUGUGCACCUCUCAUCUUUCUCACACGAUACAUACAUAUACAUGAAACACAAAGGUAUUUCUUGCGACUUAAGACUUUAGACCAUGUUUACACCAUUCCGACGUAUUCUGUCGCCCAUUGUAACCACUUUGUCCCAUUGGUGACUGCAAUAUAUAUUGAUGAUCCUACAGGCAUUGUUAUAGGUAUGGCUUCCAACAAAUUUGUUGGAAAUAACAGGUUUGAUUUGUUCAGAUAAUCUUUAACAAAUAUUUCUAGAAUGGCUAUAUUUGACUUUGGGACAAUUGUUACCAUGGACGUUCGGAUGAUUUCGAAAUGCGAACGACAUAACGAUGGCCAAUAGUCAAUAAGCUGGUUUUAAGUCAUCUAAUUCAAAAUAAAUGUUAUAUCAUUUGUAUGAUCGUCAUUAAUAACAAUAUCUUACUCCUAACGCAGUAACAUGCUGAGUCAUUAUAAUGGCAUUAUUGAAAGAUAAAUGAAAAAUAAAAUUUAAAUUUGAAAGUAAUUCUUUUCAGAUUUGAAAGCUUUAAUUUUAAUCUGUGACAUUUCAAUUUGUAUUGGCGAUAUAGUUGCUUUCAAUAUUCUUCAAGUAUUUAAGAAAUAUUUUUUUUAUUUUAUUAUUGAUGUUAAUUAUCUUUUAACGUGAAAACUUUUCAAGUCAGUACCAGACUAUGCACCAUAUCCUGUUUAUAAUUUGCUGUUCGCCAUUUGUAUGAGAUUAGUGAGUAAUGUGCACAGACGGAUUCGCGAAAAGUAUGCAUGCAUUUGUCAUUUGUGCUGAUUUAUCAGCAAAAUGAUUUUAUAAAAUCUAAGAGCGUGAAUUGUUGCGAAUCAAUUUGUAUUGUUUAUAUUAUGAAGAGAUACAAUAAUCUCUCGUGCCAAGUAUAUAGAGUUACGCUAUACGAUCCGCAAAUUUUCAAACUGAUUUAUACGGCGAAUGAUAAAUUUUUGUAAUUCUAUAAAUUAUGCAUAGUCUGGUACUUAUUUUAUGAUUUUGUCAUUUGUUUGUAUUGAAAAUACAACUUUUUUGUAUUGAAAAUAUUUCUUCUGAAAAAUGGAUAUAAUAAAAGACAGGUUUUGCCUCAAAAACGAUAAAAUUUUAAGCGGACGUUUAAACAAAAAUAAAGAGAGAAGCUAUGUGGAAAUUUAACAUCCUGUACCUCUUCUGUAUAAUAGCUACAUUAUACACAUGCAAAUGUAAGCAAAGUUUAAUUGUAUUAUCGUGUAAUUACUAAUUAUUGUCGUAAUAUAGGUUUCUUGGUGUAAAAAUUGAAUCUAACGUUUAAGAUCUAAUGGUAAAACAAUAUAUUCAUUGAAAGGUAUCUUAUAAGCAUAUUAAAUGAUUAAAGUCACAGUGCAGCGACCACUGGCUGUUGAAGUGUAGGAAAUAAAAUAAUGGGCUCACGAAGCGGGGUGCGGAAUCUUAAUCGCGUACAUUUGUCCGAGCUUCGACACAUGUAAAAUUCGUGUAUUUUGAAUAUAAAUUAAAGAAAUGCUGGCCUAAGUCAUGAGAAAAGCCACACGAAUGAGAUCAUGCAAUUUAUGGUAGCGAAAGCAUUACAUACAUGGGAAAUGCUAUGCGUAUGAAAUUUAAGAUACACAAACUUGUUUCUCUAAAAAAAGGAAGGACUAUUUAACUGUAAUGUUCCGUGAAAUGUAUUUGGAAGUGUCAUUAAAAAGUAUUGCUUUCAUUUUUUUUUAA